GAACACGAUCCGAUCAACCGAGGACCCUAAUCUCUACUGCAUUGGAGUCUGUUCCUUGUCGAAUUUUCUCAGAACAAAGCGCGGGAAAAUUGUAACUCUCGAGGUGAUUUAGGGAUUUCAGGGUGCAAUUCUCUUCACCAAAUUCAAUCACAGUAUCCAGAAAUGGAGGGUGAAAAUGCGUCAAUGGAGACAGGAAUCAUCGAUUUGGGCAGCGUGAGGUCGUCUUCUUCAGUCGAUCUAACAGAUCAGGUCCAUCAGCUACCUUGCUGCAUCAAGUACAACGGACCAUCUCCUGUUUCUCAUUACUUCAAACCCAAACCUAACGGGAUUGAGGUGGAUGGUCUAAAUGUGAAGGAGGCUUACUUCAGAGGAAGGAGAUUGCAAGGCACCACCGUUCCCCUUCCUGAUGAUUAUUCCGGAUUUGUGAUUGGAAGGAAGAGCUCUGCAAAGAGAAAAGCUUGUAAUAAUGAUGCAAACACGACUUAUUGGCAGAUGAAUGCAAAGUUUGAAAACAUAACGUUAUGGAAUCAUGAUAAUCUUCCAUCAAAAGAAGAUGGUUUCUUGCGUGCGUUUCAUUGGCUUCAUGUUGCAAAAGCAUUGCAUAAACCGGUGACAACUGAAGAUUUGGAGUCGGCGUCUAACCCUGGAGCUAUGCAUUAGAACGACCAGCUAAGAGACUUCCUUUCUUUCGUCGAGCUGUAUCAUUCUUACUUGAAUCCACUAUUUAAUUAAACCUUUGUUUCACUC